AUGGUUGCACUUCAUGCAACAAUUGCCUGUAUUGUUUUUCUCCUCCUCUUGUUCUCUUCAACUAAUAAUUGUGAAGCUAAGUGCUUCAAAUCUAUUAUCAGUUUUGGAGAUUCACUUACAGAUACUGGAAAUUUAAUUCAUCUAUCAGAAAAUUCCAAUUAUAAACAACAGCAAAUAGUGCAGUGUGGAUUGUUACCCUAUGGAGAAACUUUCUUUCAUCACCCAACUGGGCGAUGUUCUGAUGGUCGCCUUGUUAUCGAUUUUCUUGGCUUUUGGACAUUAGGCGUCAACGUGACUUGCAAAACUUCUGGUUUAACAGAGUAUCUUGGCGGCACAUAUGUAGGAGCUGAGGGAGGAGAAAUAGUGAAGGAAAGGUUUUGGGUUGAGCGGGAAGCUGAACUUGUGAAAAGAUCAACAUUCCAACAUUCUGUUUCCAUAUUACUGAGAAACAUUCCAAGUCAGCAGUUUAAAUCCAGUAGCAGCACCCCAAAAUUCAGCAAAAACAAAGCAGCAAAAUGUAACAACACAACAAAACUAGAAAACCAAAAACAUGCGGUAGUUGCUGCAUCUUAA